AUGGCACCAAACGGCACAAAACGAAGAAAGAUCGCUCAUGAUUCUUCGGAUCAUGAGGAUCAAGAUCAGGGCGAGUCGAGAACCGCUCAGAAAUCUUUCUUCAAGAACGCCUCAAAUUGGAAUCUCGAACAAGACUACGAGACGCGCCCGCGCAAAGGAAAGAAGAAAAAGGAGAGCAACAGACUGCCAAUCAAGACAGCAGAUGGCCGGGUCGAGUUGGCUCAAGGUGACGAAGAUGAUGCGGCUUCAAUUGAAAGCGACACAGAAUGGCUAGAAGGCCAUGAGGAUGGAGUGGAAGAUGAGCCUGAGGAGGAGGAGGAGGCCGAAAGGGAACCUGAGAUCCCGGAACCCCAGCAGAUCUUGAUGGCGCAGGAAGAGUUGGCCAAGAUUGGUGUGCAAAUGAACGAAAAUCCAGAGGAACAUCCCGGCGCAUUCAAGAACCUCGCCAAGAUCGGACAGUCCAAGAUUAUCGCCAUUCAGAUGCUCGCCCUCAUGACACAAAUGACCGUUUACAAAGACGUCAUUCCCGGAUACCGAAUACGUCCUCAGACAGAGGAUGGCCCCAAGGAGAAGCUUUCCAAGGACGUGCGCACGGUGCGACAGUACGAGCAGGCGCUCGUCGCAGGAUAUCAGGGCUACAUCAAGGAGCUUGCUCGAUGCUCCAAGAUGGAGAUCAAGGCGGCAAAGGGUGGACAGAGUCUAGCCAACAUUGCUACUACAUGCGCUUGUACCCUUGUUACAUCAGUGUCGCACUUCAACUUCCGCACAGAUUUGCUCAAGAUUCUCGUCACCAAGCUGAGUCGGCGCAAGAUCGGCCAGGACGGUGUCAAGUGCCUCGAAGCUCUGCAGACGCUGUUCAAGGAUGACGAAGAGGGACGACCUACCAACGAUGCCGUAGCUCUGCUAUCCAAGAUGAUGAAGGCUCGCGACUUCCAGGUCGAUGAGAGCGUGAUCAACCUCUUCCUCAGCCUGCGCCUACUCUCCGAAUUCUCCGGCAAGGGCUCCCAAGACCAUGUUGAGAGCACCGAUAACGGCUUCAAGAAGAAGAAGCGCGAGUUCAGGACCAAGCGUCAUCGCAAGGCGCUGAAGGAGCAAAAGGCUCUCGACAAGGACAUGGCCAACGCAGAUGCCUCCGUCAGCCACGAGGAGCUCGACCGUAUGCAAUCGGAGACACUCAAGCUGGUGUUUGCAAUCUACUUCCGCAUUCUCAAGCUGAGAGUACCGCAUCUCAUGGGCGCAGUCCUCGAGGGUCUGGCCAAGUACGCCCAUCUCAUCAACCAGGAUUUCUUUGGUGAUCUGCUGGAAGCGCUCAAGGAUCUUAUCCGCCACAGCGAAGAGGAUGCUGACAAAGGCGAUGAUGACGAGGAGGAGAAUGAGGAAGAGGAAGAGGAUGAUGAUGUCCCUGUCCGUAACCUCACCCGCGAGGCUCUGCUUUGUACCGUCACAGCCUACGCCUUGCUUGCCGGCCAAGACGCCCACAACUCGCGCAACGAUCUCCAUCUCGACCUUUCCUUCUUCACGACCCAUCUUUUCAAGUCCCUCCUCGCGCUCUCCACAAACCCCGAUGUCGAGCUGACACGCCCCGUCAACGCGACCAAUGCAAGCUCCAAGGUCAAUGUCCAGACAACAACUGUUCUUCUCCUACGUGCCCUGACGGGCAUUCUCCUUCCUCCUUGGAAUAUGCGCUCUGUGCCACCCAUGCGCCUCGCCGCCUUUUCCAAGCAGCUGAUGACAGCAGCGCUGCAACUCCCUGACAAAUCGUGUCAGGCUGUUCUGGUGUUGCUCAGUGACGUGGCGCACACACACGCCAAGAAGGUCCGUAGUCUGUGGAACACAGAGGAGCGCAAGGGUGAUGGUCGAUACAACCCCUUGAGCGAUAGCGUUGAAGGUAGCAACCCCUAUACCGCAACGGUAUGGGAAGGCGAAUUGUUGAGGAAGCACUACUCACCCAAGGUCAGAGAGGGUGUCAAGAUACUAGACAAGGGCUUGUCGGAGUAG